CAAUAUCCAGGUGUGAACCAGCUGUCCUCUUCCUUAGGAGGGUUAAGUCUACAGCAUUCUCAGCAGCCAGAAAGCUUGAGACCAGUAAACCUUACACAAGAUAGAAAUAUUUUGCCUGUAUCUUCAGUUCCAGCACCUGUGCCUAACUUGAAUUCUGAUCUUAGGAAGUUAAACUGCAGUCCAGACUCAUUUCGAUGCACAUUGACGAAUAUUCCACAGACACAGGCUUUGUUAAACAAAGCUAAGCUUCCUUUGGGUUUGUUGCUACAUCCCUUCAGAGACCUAACGCAAUUACCAGUAAUAACAUCAAGCACAAUAGUGAGAUGCAGAUCCUGCAGGACAUAUAUCAACCCUUUUGUUUCUUUCAUUGAUCAAAGGAGGUGGAAAUGCAAUCUGUGCUAUAGAGUUAAUGAUGUUCCUGAAGAAUUUAUGUAUAAUCCUCUGACGCGAUCAUAUGGAGAGCCUCACAAACGGCCAGAGGUCCAAAAUUCUACAGUGGAAUUCAUUGCUUCCUCAGACUACAUGCUUCGUCCUCCUCAGCCUGCGGUAUAUUUAUUUGUUUUAGAUGUGUCUCAUAAUGCAGUGGAGGCUGGAUAUUUGACAAUAGUCUGUCAGUCAUUGCUGGAAAACCUAGACAAGCUGCCUGGAGACUCGAGAACAAGAAUAGGGUUCAUAACGUUUGACAGCACUGUUCAGUUUUACAACUUGCAAGAAGGUUUAUCUCAGCCUCAGAUGCUGAUUGUCUCAGAUAUUGAUGAUAUUUUCCUACCUACACCAGAUAGUUUACUUGUAAAUCUCCAUGAAAGCAAAGAGCUGAUAAAAGAUCUAUUGAAUGCGUUACCAAAUAUGUUCACCAAUACAAGAGAAACACAUAGUGCAUUGGGCCCUGCUCUUCAGGCUGCAUUUAAACUGAUGUCUCCAACGGGUGGUCGGAUAUCUGUGUUUCAAACUCAGUUACCAUCUUUGGGAGCUGGGCUUUUGCAUUCCAGAGAAGAUCCCAAUCAAAGGUCAAGCACAAAGGUGGUCCAGCAUCUUGGUCCAGCAACAGAUUUUUAUAAGAAGUUGGCACUGGACUGCUCAGGCCAGCAGACUGCUGUGGAUUUAUUUCUCUUAAGUUCACAAUAUUCUGAUUUAGCUUCUCUUGCGUGCAUGUCCAAGUAUUCUGCUGGGUGCAUCUAUUACUAUCCAUCUUUCCAUCAUAGUCAUAAUCCUGCUCAGGCCGAAAAGUUACAAAAAGACCUGAAAAGAUACCUUACAAGAAAGAUUGGGUUUGAAGCAGUUAUGCGCAUUAGGUGUACAAAAGGUCUUUCAAUACACACUUUUCAUGGGAACUUUUUUGUACGAUCUACUGAUUUACUGUCCCUUGCCAAUGUCAAUCCUGAUGCUGGAUUUGCAGUACAAAUGUCCAUUGAGGAAAGUCUGACUGACACAUCUUUGGUUUGUUUUCAAACAGCUCUUUUGUAUACUUCCAGCAAAGGUGAACGUCGAAUUCGAGUGCACACGCUUUGCUUGCCUGUAGUAAGUUCACUGGCUGAUGUAUAUGCAGGGGCAGAUGUACAAGCAGUUGUAUGCCUCUUAGCAAACAUGGCUGUGGAUCGCUCAGUUUCAUCUAGUCUUUCGGAUGCAAGAGAUGCCUUAGUUAAUGCCGUGGUAGACUCCUUGGCAGCAUACAUGUCAACGGCCUCAAACCUGCAGCAGUCCAUGCUGAUAGCACCAAAUUCCCUCAAGCUGUUUCCACUGUAUAUUUUGGCUCUUCUCAAACAGAAAGCAUUUAGAACAGGCAUGAGUACACGCUUGGAUGAUCGUGUAUAUGCAAUGUGCCAGAUGAAGAGCCAGCCUCUCGUUCAUUUGAUGAAAAUGAUACAUCCCAACUUGUACAGAAUAGAUAAGUUGAUUGAUGAGAGUACAAUACAUGUAAAUGACAGAGUUGUUCCUCAGCCACCUCUUCAGAAGUUGUCUGCAGAGAAGUUGACGAGAGAAGGAGCUUUUCUUAUGGAUUGUGGUUCAAUCUUUUACAUUUGGAUUGGAAAAAAUUGUGAUAACAACUUCAUAAAAGAUGUCCUUGGAUACCCAAACUAUGCAUCAGUACCACAGAAGAUGACACAGCUUCCUGAGGUAGAUGCACUUUCUUCAGAAAGGACACGAUCUUUUAUAUCUUGGCUUAGAGACAGUAGACCUUUAAGUCCAGUUCUUCAAGUAAUAAAAGAUGAGAACCCUGCCAAAACAGAUUUUUUUCAGCAUUUAAUUGAGGAUCGGACAGAAGCAGCUUUCUCAUAUUAUGAAUUCUUACUUAAUAUUCAACAGCAGAUUUGUAAGUGAACAAGGAAUAAAUAGAAGAAAAAACCUGACUUCGGAUGGAAGCAUGGGGCGAGAGGAGCAUAUGGGGAGUCACAAAAGUGGAUGUUUGUUCUUCACAAUAUACAGUGACCAGCACUGUUUUGGAAGCUUUACAGCUGAAGAAGUAUACAUUUCCAAAAGAAUUUUGCAGAUUUACUUCAGUCUAAAAGUGCUAGAGGUGAUGAAGUUGUUUCACUAGUAAACUUUAAAUUGGUUUAUACACGUUUCCAGUUGUGCAGCGGUAUGGUGCUCUGUUUAUUGCAAGCUGGUGAAUUUAUGUAGCUAUGUGGGAUGAUAUUUCUUAACAAAAUGUACAAUUAGGUAAAACCUUUUUUCUUACAUUUAUUAUAGUAGCCCUUCCAGAUCCAAAUUCUUAACAGAGAUGUCAAAGGGCAGUGAUGUAUGUUGGUUGUUUAUAUUAAUUUCUUUUUAAAAGGAAUGAUUCAUAUUUACGAAAGCCUUCAGCGAAUUCCCUGUGAAAGUUGUAGAGUUUUCAGUAAAGUACAUCAAUUGUAGAAAUAAAAUAUAUAAUGUACAUAAAUAUUACAUUUGUAAAGAAAAUGUAAAAAAUGUAACUAAAAAAAAAGACUUAGCUCAGUGUGCAGAACUGUUGAGUACUCAAUGAUGAAUUGUUUUGUCCCAGGCUAGACAAUGAAGUUGACUAUUAAAACAUGCUAAAAAAAAAAAAUAUCCAUGUAGAAG